AUUGCGAAACAACUUAUAUAAAUAAAUUAAUUUGUAUACAAUAUUAUAAGUUUUUAAAGUUAGUUUAUGAGAAAACAACUUAUAAAUAUAUACUACUUUUGUAAGUGAAAACUUAUGAAUUAACAUAAAACUUUAUUUAUUUACAUAAGCUAUUUUCAUAAGCUCAAAAAUAAGUCAAAUCCAAACGUACCCUAAUUCAUUAGAGCCUUUAGGAAAUAUUAUUAAUUGAAAUUAAAAUAUAUAGCAAUUAUUAUUUAAUUCAAGUUGUUUGUCAUUUUCUAAUGAAAAUCUGUAUAUAUAUUGGAAUCUCAUACUCAUUCCAAUUUAACACAGCAAUUUUCUCUCUUGUAGAAAAAAAAAGAAAAAAACAGCAAUCAGUCAAUUUGAGAAAAUGCCGUUGUCUAUAUCUGUAAGAGAUGUGCCACCAGCAGAUUACUUGUUUAAAAUCCAAUCAUAUUCCUUGUUAGUAGAAUCAAAGGUGGAGAUGUUUGACUCCAAUUAUUUUCAAGCUGGUGGAUACACUUGGAAGUUGAUACUUUAUCCAAAUGGAAAUUCAAAUAGCAAUGGCAAGGAUCAUGUCUCCUUAUACCUAGCGAUUGUAGAUCCGGAGAAUUUUACCGGUGGUUGGGAGAUUAAUGUAAACUUUAAGUUGUUUGUGUUUGAUGCGAUAAAUAACAACUAUUUGACCAUGCAAGAUGGUGAUGGUGCUGUACGAAAAUUCCAUGAACUGAAAACCGAAUGGGGUUUUGACCAAUUAAUUUCAUUGAAAGACCUCAAAGUUAAAUCCAAUGGAUACCUUGUUAAAGAUUCUUGUGUCUUUGGAGCUGAAGUUUUUGUGAUUGGCCACUCUGGCAAUUGGGAAACUCUUUCUAUGGUCAAGGAUCCUCCUUUUGCUACACUCACUUGGAAACUUGAGAAAUUCUCAACAUUGGAUAAGACCUCUUAUUAUUCCACCAAAUCCAUCACUGUUGGUGAGAGAGACUGGAAGGUAAAGGUUUUUCCUAAAGGAGUAGAAAGCAUCAGAGGCAAAUAUCUAUCUCUUUACUUGAACCUAACAGAUUGUGAAAAAUUCCCAUCAAACAGAACAGUGUAUGCACGUUACAAGUUCAAAAUUAUAGAUCAGCUUAAUGGAAAAGAUCUUGAGAAAACAGCCGGCAAGAACUUCAGCUUUGGUGUCUCAAAUGAUUUAUUGGGAUUUAAUAAGUUCAUAUCACUAAGUGAACUUAAUGAAGCAGCAAAAGGAUAUAUUAAAGACGAUGUUAUGAUUAUAGAGCUUCAAAUCAUUAACAUAUCUAUGAUUAAGAUCAAUCCCUCUGUGGACAAUGGUUGUGGUGUGGUGGACAAUUAAUUAUCUGCUACUCCAAAUAAAGUUGGUUAUGUAACUGCCGUAAGCAUAGUUCAUUUGGUAUUUUUUUUUCGAAUAAAUAAAGUCUUUGUACUUUGAAAUUUUAGACUACUAUUUUGUUUUUGUUUUUGAAGGAAGCAAUUUUAUCGAAUAAAUAACAUUAAAUAAGUUGAAACAAUAUUGUUUUUAAUCCAUGGCAAAACAGUAAAUAAUUUCAAAAUCAUUUGCCCAUACAAAUACAAAAUGUAGGUAUUUCAAGAUCUAAGCGGAUUGUGCCACCAGCCAAUUACUUGUUUAAGAUCAAAUCAUAUUCCUCGUUGGUGGAAACAAAAUUGAAGAUGGUUGAAUCCAAUUAUUUUAAAGUCGGUGGAUAUAAAUG